AAGAUGCACCGUGAAAUACAGAAGAUGAGGGAAGUUGCCCUUGUUUACAUGGACAGAAGUGGUGGCCUUCAGAAAUUUGUGCAGGACUGCAAAAAAUACAGUGACUCAAAACAAAGUUAUGCUGUUUAUCGUUUCAUUAUUUCAAUAAACCCUUCUGAUAUCGCUGAGUUAGAUGCAACUCUUGGAAACUUCAUUCUUCAUAAUCCCAUACAAGCUGCACAGAUUUUUCAGUCAGUGUGCUUCAUAGCUAUUAAGACAUUAUCAUUAAUUGAACAACUGCAGACAGAGGCCCAGAUCAGUAUAUUGCUGAAACCAACCCAUUUGCCACCUUUACCAAGUUAUGUUCUGAGUCUUGCUGCGUUUCCCUUUAAUUACACAUCUCAAAGAUUUUACAUGUCUGAAGGAAUAGCGAUUGCAAUGGGAAUUGUAACAAAAUAUACACAAGGAGCAAGAUUUCUUUGUACUGAGGAAACCUGCCAAUUUUCUAAAGGGUUUAGGUACAUAAGAGUGCAUCGGCCUGGAGCUACAGAAUCUGCCACAGUGAGAAAUGAUUUUGUGUGUGGUUUGUGUUCUUCGCCACUGCAGGAAGACGUGAAAUUUAGAGUACUUGGUGAUAAGCAAAUAGUUGAAAUGAUUGAUGCAAAAGUUCUGAAUGCUUUGAAAGGAUAUUCCAAUGACAAAUCACAUUUCAGGAUUCAGACCUUCACAGUUUUCUUGAGAGAUGAACUGGCCAAUAAAAUGAAAAUAGGAAACCACUACAAGAUUAUAGGAAUUCCAGCUUGUGUACAAAAUGGCUUACAAGCUACAGCAUGUAUAGAAAUCAAUAGCAUACAGCUCUGUCAACCAAGUGGUCCUUCUUCUGUCAGUGACAAUUUUAAGUAUCUGCUGUCACUGACUGCAAGUUCAUGCUGGAGGUUUACUGCUAUCCUUGCCAAUAUCUUUGCUUCUGAAGUUGUUCCACCAGGCACUUACAAUACACUCAAACUGGCAAUAUUGCUGAGUCUAGUACAGACGUGUGAAAAAGAAAAUGCAGAUUACCUGGAUCUGUUGAUUGUGACAACUGACACAUUAGUAAUUGAUAGGCUCUUGAAUUACAGCCUCUGUCUUCUGCCUCGUGGCAUACGACACCCACCUUACAGUGACAUUUUCCCUUCUGUGUCCAAAGACAAACACGGAACUGGAAGCGCUAGUAUUCAAGCUUGCAGUGCUGUGCUGGCCAAGGGUGGUAUCUGCUACAUAGGAGACUUGGCUUCAUAUAAAAAGGAUAAACUUGAACUUCUACAGUCAGUGCUAGAGAGCAGAACAACAACAGUUUUCAUUCCUGGGAAGAAGUAUGGAGAAGAGGCUGACCAGCAAGUUACUAUUUCGCUUCAGACCAACUUUUGGUCUUAUGUGGAUUCUUCCUCAAAGAAACAUAUACAAAAGGACAACUUUUUAAUUGGACAGAUGGACAUGAGUUUGAUUCCACCUAACCUUGUAGAUGGAUUUGGACUUUUGAUACACAAUGAGUUUCCUUUAUGCCAACAAUCUUCACCUCUGGUUCACCAUAUCUUGAAAAAAGCCAUGCAUCCUGAAGCCAUGCUGUACGAAGUCUCCCAGCAGUUCAGGAUGCAGGAUUACGAGGAGUUUAUUUCAUUUGCUAAGAAUCUUCAUGUUGAACUGAGUCCAGAAGCAGAAAGCCUCAUUCAGGGCUACUAUCUUGCAAGUCGCAGAGUGAGAAGAGAUUCUAUUCAUGGAUCAACACUGUCAGCAUCUGCACUAAAAAUUCUGAUUUCACUGUCUAAGGCUCAUGCUAAACUAAGUUUAAGAGAGAAAGUACUCCAGGAAGACGCGCUGAUUGCAAUCUUGUUCCUUGAAUCAUCUCUGACCCUAAAACAUGGCAAGUCUGCAUUAUGCAUAGCACCAAAUCCUCUGUUUCCACUUGACCUCAGUGAUGAAAACUCCCUGCAACAGAGAGACAGCUACCUCAUGCAGUGUCACCAUCAGCUGCUGAAGUUCAUUGGUGCAUAUGGCCCAGGAAUUCACAUCAACACUAAUGAAGAGUGAAAAGUCCAUUGUGCAAGCCUGAAUCUUCAGGCUUCUGAGACUGCAGUUAAAAAUACAUAACUAGUAAGUUUUUAGUGUUUUUGUCAGACAGUUC